AUACUGGCCUCGUCUUCAUGGUGGGGUUGAACCAGGUUCUUAGCACAAAAACUACCGCGGUCAUGUCUUCGUUAUUUAUGCUAUCAGCACGCGGCGGACCCUCUGGCACGUGUCGCUUAGACCCACACUGCACGAUUUUCCCACGCCUCCUAUAGCGAAGUUCCUUCCCCCUCCUUCAGCUUUACAGUGGACUUGGCCAUCCAGGCACUUGCUGCAAAAGCCAGAGAUCACGUUCAUAGCCAGUGAGAGAGAGAGUAUAGGGUAGAGCUGUUACUGUAUCUUAGAUAUUUAACUAUGAGUAUGAGCAACUGGUGUUAGUGAAGAAAAUUCAUAUAGCGUAUCAUACCAGAUUAUAAUCUCGCUACACAAAAUGUUUAGAAAAGCAAUACGUCCAUGUGUGUACAAAUCUUUUUCUUAAUUAACUAAGUAAAAUCUGGAAAAACAAAUCGUCAUCGACACUUUGUAGUGGUAGUAUUGAACUUUGGCAAGUUACUGGGGAAUGAAGGCAAUUACUUAAACUGUUAAAGAGUGAGAUAUCUCGGUUCUCAGCGGACUUUGAUUUGGUCAAGAAAAUUUCUGCAUCUACAGUAUACGGUGGUACUACUAAUAGAUACCAGAUCAGAGACACUUCUCCACCAGGAUGCAGGCGUUAUAUUAAACCCAAGUGAUGUUUCCGAUGGCUUGUCUCAGACUCGGGAAUCUUUUUCUGAGGGUGAUUGCUCUGAAUGUAUUUUUUAUGUGUGUUUGUGGGGCGACUGACGAAUGCGAUUGGAUUGGAAGUGGACUAACCCAAGGGGAACGAGGUGUUCAAGCCAUCUAUUUACGUUGUGCACAAGGUAGUAUUGAAUGGAAAUAUCCGCGAGGGGCGCUGAGAGUUGUACUACGUCAUGGUACUUCCGGGAGAGAGUUCCGUGGUUGCUUGCGGGUUAGUGAUACAUUUAAUGAUGCUCAAAUUUAUGUAGAAGGACACAGAAAACUUCAUUUACUGUUCAGCAAACGUGACGGAAAACACCCGGAACUGUUACGAUGUUUUAACUCUCACCACGGACAGGUGGCGCUUUACGUCGAGGCAGAAACUGUUACUAGCACCUUACAAAAGGAGGAAGCAAGAUUCAGCUACGAACUUCAACCUGUUACAGCCGCAGCUUUGUUGGAUGACUUGGAUGUUUGUCGUCCUUGUUCAAAAGAAGAAAUGCUAAGGUUUUUCUGCGUCAGUGAUUUUGUUUUGCAAGGAACGGUUAGCACCUUGAACCAUAACAGAGUCCUCCAGCGGUCAGAGCUGACAGUUCAAGUGAAAAGAAUUUAUCGAGAUAGUCAUGAGUCAGUUUUGAACUCUGUCCCAGACGACCGCAAAGAGACUGUUCUUCAUAGAUCCCUGAAGUGUGACACUAAAGUUGGACCUGGGGAAUAUGUCUUUUUUGGUAAGUGGACAUUGGAAAGUCCAGUUAUUCAGUGUGCCCCUCGAUUAUCGGAUUGGAGAAAAGUGAGAAGAAAAGCAAUAAUGGAGGGAACUAACCAGUGUCAUCUGGAUUAGGAAAUUUAUUUCAAAUUACGAAGAAAAGGGGACCUUUUUUUAAAAAAAAAAUUAUUGCCAAAAAUGUUUGUCUGUGAUUACGGUUAUGAGUAACGUGAAAUGAACACAACAAAAAACGUAUGUGACAACUAUCGUCAUUAUAUGGUAACAUGUUUGAACGUUGAUCUGGAGUGAUAUUGCCAUAGGAGCAGUAAAGUGUUGUAUAUAGUUUGGUAUUGAUCUCAUCUCUUACAUGUACAGAUUUUAAGUAAAAAAAAAUGUUUUGAAAAAGAAGCUUUAUGACUAACAGAUGUUUCAUGUAAAAAAAAUUUUUUGCUCGAAAUAUUAGUCAUUGACUGAAAUAUACAUAGUGGCGCUUUCAUAUUUCUCAGAUCAUCUGUACCGAGUUUUAUACCGUAAUGUUCAACUUGUGUAUAAUUAUAAUUAAAUACUUAACUGAUGUUUGACUAUUCUUUGCAAUUUUUUUUAUUUGAUGGUUCCGUGGGAAAUAACUGACUGCGAUUAUUAUUAACAAGAGACCAAAAAUAAAGAGAAAAUAAUGCCUUUUAUUGAAGAGGAAUAAAAUACUAGUUUAAAAAAUAUUUAACUGUUACGAUUGGUUAGUCAAGGGAUGUUUAUUACUUUGUUUUUACAGUUAUUGGAGCAUGGCCAUAAGAAACAAGCGCCAUCUAUAGUAUUAUUUCGUUAUUUAACAGGAACUAAAUAUUUCUGGUGAAAUUUAAAUAGAAAGUGAGUUUUAGCUUUUUUUUUUAAAUCUCAAUCACGUAUUGUUAUUUCGCAAAGUUAAUUUUUUAAAGAUAUAUAUAUUAACAACAAAACGUAUAACAAGUGCAGAGUUUACUGGAAAUCAACUGGAGCAGGUGAUCUUUCAAAUGUAGGCGAUUGUAAAUUGAUUUGGCGAUAUGUAUUAUCAGUUAGCAAUGUGAUGAAAAAAGAAAAAAUUGGUACAUUACAGAAAAAUAAGUGUUUUGUGUUGUUAAAAUGUGUGUCACGUUUUUAAGCCCUUGUACCACCUGGCGUUGACAAUUUUGUUUAUCGAGUGGCUAGCUAUGUGCAAUGUUGAUUUUUUAAAAAGUAAUUUCAGGGGUUUUUAUAUUUAUUUUUUAUUUCUUUAAAAAAGCCCUUUCUUUGUAUAUGACCUUUCGUCUGUUUCUAAAAAUGGAAAAGUUUCUUUGUUAAGACAAUUAUUCGAGGUAGAAGUUGUCAAUAACUAUCUUUUUUUAUUCACAAGUACACAAAACGUACACUAGGGGGAGAUCAGAGCUGUCUGUACACUUUUUUUUUUUUUUUUUUUUUUUAACCUAUGAACUUUUCAUCUGUUAGAGAUAUUAUUAGAAAAGCAGAUGGCCAUAGAUUUAACCAGCACCAAGUUGCUACAGGGCAUAGAUUGGCUGAAAUUAGACCGAAAAAUUAUUGACACACACAGAAUGUUGUAACUUUUGAUAUUAAGUAUGGGAGUCUUUCUCUCAGUUUUGCUGACCGUCAUACGUUUUUCUUAAACUACGUAUGACCUUUACUUAGAAUCGCCUAUAGUAGAUAUGUCGUGGUACGUUAUUACUUCUUUUGCACGAAAUGACUGUGCAUUAUUUAAUUUCGGUUGUAUUUCGAAGGUUAUAUAUAAACCUAAAAAAAUAUCUGAAGUACACGCUGUUAAUUGUGGUUUUAUUUUUGACGUACGAAACUUUGGUCAAACACCCAAAAAGAAGAAACAGAUUUGUACACUUAUGACCCCUACUUAAGUUCGAUGACGAGGAACCCACUUUGAGACUAAUAAUGGCUGGAGACGGCUUGAAUGGGUAAUGAAGAAAAACUUUAAUAUAACAGCAAAUGUACAACUUGAUGUACCU